CGGCUCUGAGGUUGCCGCGGUAACGGGAGCGGCGGCCGCGGGCGGGAGGCAGGCGCUGCCCGCCGGCGCUAUGGAGCUGAGCCUGGCCCGUGUGGACUACCUCCAGGUGGGAGUGACGGCCCAGAAGACUAUGAGGCUCCUUCCCGCCUCCGGGCGAAAGGCGACGCAGAAGGUGGUUGUUGGAGAUCAGGAUGGAGUCAUUACGUGUUUUGGCAUAAAAAAAGGGGAAGCUGUGACGGUGUUCAAGACGUUGCCAGGCCAAAAAAUUACAAGACUGGAGUUGGGAGGAGCGCUUAAUACACCGCAGGAGAAAAUUUUUGUGGCUACAGGAUCAGAAGUUAGAGGUUUCACAAAAAGAGGGAAGCAGUUUCUUUCGUUUGAAACUAACCUCACUGAAAGCAUCAAAGCUAUGCAUAUUUCAGGAGCAGAUCUCUUUCUUUGUGCGAGCUAUAUCUAUAACCAUUACUGCGACUGCAAGGACCAGCACUACUACCUGUCAGGAGAUAAAAUCAACGAUGUUCUCUGCCUUCCCGUAGAUAAAGUGAAUUGCAUUACGCCGGUACUUGCGUGUCAGGACAGAGUCCUCAGAGUUUUACAGGGAUCUGAUUUACUGUAUGAAGUAGAGGUUCCUGGACCACCUACUGUUCUUGCUCUAAACAACGGGAAUGGGGGUGAUUCUGGAGAAGAAAUUGUGUAUGGAACUUCUGAUGGUCAACUGGGUCUUAUCCAGAUCACUGGUUCCAAGUCUAUACCUAAGUGGGAAAUUGGAAAUGAAAGAAAGAGAGGAGGUAUCUUAUGUAUUGAUAGUUUUGACAUUCUGGGAGAUGGAGUUAAAGAAUUACUCAUUGGACGAGAUGAUGGUAUGCUAGAAAUCUAUACCUUUGAGAGUGCAGAUGAUCCUGUCCUUCGAUAUGAUCAUGCUUUGUCAGAGAGCAUCGCAUCAAUCCAGGGUGGCUGCGUAGGAAAAGAAGGGUAUGAUGAAAUUUUAGCAUCUACAUAUUCAGGCUGGCUGACAGGACUGACUACAGAACCUGUCCAUAGAGAAGGUGGAUCAGGUGAAGAACUAAAAUUAAGUCAAGAAAUGCAGAGCAAGAUUUCAUCCUUAAGGAAUGAAUUGGAACACUUACAGAUUAAAGUACUUCAGGAACGUGAAAAAUACCAGCAGUCCUCUCAGUCCAGUACUGCUGUUUCAUCAGUACCUGCGUUCAGUGUGAAUGACAAGUUUACAUUAAAUAAGGAUGAUGCUAGCUACAGCCUCAUCUUGGAGGUGCAGACAGCGAUAGAUAAUGUCCUGGUACAGAGCGAUGUCCCAAUAGACUUGCUGGAUGUGGAUAAAAAUUCUGCUGUUGUUAGUUUUAGCAGCUGUGAUUCUGAGCCAAAUAGCAACUUUCUCCUGGCGACUUACCGAUGUCAAGCAAAUACUACGAGACUUGAACUUAAGGUUCGAUCGAUUGAAGGACAGUAUGGGACACUUCAAGCAUAUGUAACUCCAAGAAUUCAACCAAAAACCUGCCAAGUUCAUCAAUAUCAAAUUAAACCGCUUUCACUUCAUCAGAGAACUCAUUCUAUUGACCAUGACAGACCCAUGAACACACUGACGCUCAAAGGCCAUUUCAGUUUUGCUGAAAUUCACUCGUGGGUUGUGUUUUGCUUGCCUGAGGUGCCUGAAAAGACUCCCGCUGGAGAAAGCGUCACAUUUUAUUUUCAGAACACCUUCCUGGGUACUCAGCUGGAAAGUACUUACAGAAAAGGUGAGGGAUGUUUUAAGUCUGACAACAUUUCUACAAUCUCCAUCCUAAAAGAUGUGCUUUCCAAAGAGGCUACUAAAAGGAAGAUUAAUCUCAACAUAUCUUAUGAUGUAAAUGAAGAGUCUGUGAAGCACACGUUAAAACUUAUCCACCCUAAAUUAGAGUAUCAGAAGCUGUUGGCCAAGAAGGUUCACUUAAUAGAUGCUCUGAGAGAAUUACAAGUUCACGAAGGAAAUGUGGACUUCCUGCUACCAAAAUACCGCAGCAUUUUGGAAGAGGCAGAUCAGCUGCUUGAGGAGUACAAGAGACAACCUGCACAUCUCGAGAGACUUUAUGGUAUGAUCACAGAUCUCUUCAUAGAUAAAUUUAAGUUUAAAGGCACCAAUGUGAAAACUAAAGUUCCUCUUCUUCUGGAAAUUCUGGAUGGCUGUGAUCAAGAUGGACUAAUUGCUUUUUUUGAGGCUGCAGCCUGACAAGGAAAAAGCAGAAUAAUUUUUAUAAAAAUUACUUUUUUAAAAAAAAACCACACUUUUUUGUUCUACUGUCAGCUCUUAGGUUUUAUUCAUAUAUUUUUAUUGUACUGAAUACAGCAGUCAACUUCAGUUCCUAUAAACUGUUGUGUAUGUUAAAUGCGCGCAGAGUUUCUAUGUACACCGUGUUCUUCAUAGCUGAAGAAAACUCAGAAUCAGAUGUAAAUACCAAAUACCUUUUUUGCAAAAAUGUUUUCAGUACUGUUGAAGACUACAUGUAGUAGUUUGUUCUCCAGUUGUAAGAAUGUAUGAAGAAACUGGUUUUCAGAGACUUAAACAGAUUCAGAAGCAAUAUCACCUGUUAAACUAGGCUUAACUGGUAUUUGCUGGCCACUCUGAGAAAGCAGGAUGAGAAUCUCACCAGACUUGACGUAGCUGGUGUGAAACACAGAAAGGGGAGAGCUCUCCUUGAAUUUUAAAGACAGCUGUUUAUCGAACAUAUAUAAAAUUAUACCUGUUUCUUUUCUGGGUUAAGUAUAGGAGGCCCGUCCACCUUGGUAAAGACUGGUGAUUACUGUCCUUGGCAGGAUAGAUGACAUGUCAUGAUCCCGAGCCCCUCUUCUCCCUACAUACUAUCGCCCUCUUAUCUAAGCUUUUGUCACCCUCUGGGGGAGUCCAGUUCCCCUUAGGUAGAUAGAUAAGAAGAAUCAAUUUAUUUACAAGUCAUUAAAUAACACAUUUACAAUACAUUAUAUCGUUAGGAUCUUACAACAGUUUGUGCCUCACUAAGGUACAUAUGCACAAUGUCCACUGAAGAAAACUACACCCAGUUCGAUAAACAAUGAGCUAACUUUUCCUGUGGGAUCUGGAGAGUCCUCGUUCUUUUAGGAAUUCAUAAUGGCCUUGAUACCAUUUUCCACGUACUCCUAAAGGAAACCCCAUAAAUUUAAUAUUAGUGUUCAUCAGUUCCUGAAUUUGGUCUUUUAGGUGUUAGUAUUUCUUACCUUUUUCCGCUGCUGCAUCCACCAAAUACGUUGACUUACUCUCAUAUCUAACAGAGAUGUCGACUACCAGAGUCUGGUCGCCUUUAACGAAUAUGAGGUCUGGCUUAUAUAAUUCAUGUUGUUCACCUUCCAGCAGCGGCUCUUGGAAUAUAGUACCCAGUCCUUUUUGGCCUCCUGUGGCAACAAGUCGCGUAAGUGAUCUUGCAUUUUCAUCCUGGCCCCUUGCGCCUCUGGGCAGCAUCCAGUAAUGCAGGACUUGUCCUCCACCUGACAAUGCCGGCAGGACUUGAUUUGACUCUCGUCUGCCUGUUUUCCUGAAAAGCAGGUUCAGUCACCCAGUGUGCAAAACACCAAACUACACAUAGAGUGGGGGUAUUUUAUGAAUUUCAUUUUUGCGCAAAGACGGGUGCUAGGUGGUAACUCCACAAAGCUAGCACACCACACUGAGAAACUACAAGGUAUUUAUGUAUUAAAUUUGUCAGUAACUGCGAAUAUUCUUGCCCGUCAGCUACUCAUUGCAUAAGUUUCUUUCCCACUUCACCUUAAAGGUAUGGGUCCCUUUAAAUUUACCACGCAUACUCAGAGAGUGAGGGGCUUGAGCAGGGGGGUUUCUGGCCUACAGGUGUAAUUUUUAGUAUUAUAAUGAGGAUAGUUCACCUAAAGGACACUUAGUUUUAAUUCUCACCAACAUCCCAAUUAAUUUUCGUCCUUGACUAUAUAUCACCCAGCUUUCGGUGUCUUUCGAGGCAGGAUGUUCCCUUUAUUAGUCUCAGAGUUCUUCAAGGAUAUAGUCAUAAAACAAAUGCUUCCCUAUCUCUCAGCUCUCUUCUCUGGCUGCCAAAUUCUGUUUUGCCAGGCUCACGUGGUUCAUUGUUAUUACUUAGCAGAAAAUUCCAUUUUCUUCAGGAUAUCAUGGCAAAUUGCUAAAAAUUCUCUUGUGAGGUAGAUGUUAGCUCUUAGCUGUAAUGCCACGAUAAGCUUUCUGUGGGGAAUGCACCUAUAAAACUCUAACCAGUUCUUACUCAUCUUAUCCUUCCCAAAGCUGGAAAUUCACUGCCGUGGGAAACCAGCUUGGUCCCAAUUCUCAAAUUCCUGUUUUGCCAGUUACAGGGCCUUGGAAGGGUGACUUUUGGAGCGGGUGGUUCCUCACCCCAAACUUUUCUGAUAUCACCAUAACCGGUUUUGGGUCCCAAACAGAUGAAAUCUUUCCCAUCUCCUCCUGCUGCAAUCCACAAUUUUUCAAAUUCUUUCUCGAUACCCUCUUGGUGAACAAAUGUUCUUUUUGCUUCAUCGAAAGACUGUGUAAUUCUUAGUCUUCGGACCUGUACCCUGGGAAUCAAGCCCAGGAGCCUGGUAAUGCCUAAACCUCCAUUCCGGGUGCUGGAAUACAGGAUGGCGUCACAGGUACUUGCUGGAAGAUCUUCCAUUCCCUGCCAAGUCAAGGAUUUCUAGGUAUGUAGCUUUCACCUCGGCUUGGUCUGCCAGGUACAUCAGUCAAAGGAUAGCAUAUCCUUUCAAGAUGUCAGCCUUCUGAAAUGGCUUUAAUGCAGCCUUCCCUAUCCAUUGUAACCAUCCCUUCACUUUCUCUAGUAGUUCUGGUUUUGAUAUCCCGCCCAUGGGUCAAUACAUAGGCCCAGGUACUUUUCAGAGCUACUGGGGUCAAUCAUAUUGAGGGGGUGCCGGUAAUCAUCCAUGUGGGAUGAUCAUUGAUGGUAUACAAAUCUUUCAUCAGCUGGAUACAAAAGCUGUGGUGCUGCUCCUCUUGCAUCUUGAGGUCAGUUAGAUCGCAGAAGACAUCCAAUAUUUCAGUGUUUUUCUGCAUUCCUUCCCAUGACCUACUUAAUGGCACCAGGUCGUCAGCAAAAGCUGUAGCUAUUACAUUCUUCAAACAGCAUUGGAAGCUGCUUCUUUUCUCCUCCAAUUUUCAUGGCAAGGGGGACACAGAUAAGUUAAAUAAUAGUGGGGAUGCUGGAUCAGCCUGUUUUACACCCAUCCGAAUCCUGAUGAGCUCUGACUGUUCAUUCUUCAGUCAGCGUCAGUACUGAUGUUACAAUACAGGUUUGUAAUCAGAGUAAUAAUGUGAUUGUGCCCUUUUUAUUAGGGGCUGAAAUGAUGUGGGAGUGGUUCAUGGUGUCAAAGGCUAUUUAUCUAGCAUAUACAAUUAUAUACGUGUUCCUCUUCUGGGUUAAAUAUAGGUGGCCUGUCCACCAUGGUAAAGUCUGGUGGUAACUGUCAAUUUUGGCAAAAAUGGUGACAUGUCAUGAUACCAAGCCCAAGUUAGUCCCUACUUACUCUUGUCCUCGUUAUUACAAGCUUUUGUUGCCCUCAGUAGCUCCAUGGGGUCCAGCUUUCGUCUUGGGUAGAAAGGAAGGGUCAAUUUAUUUACAAAUCAUCAUAUAACACACUUAAAAUAUUAAGAUUUUACAACGGUUCUUGUUUUGCUAGUGAACAGGUGUACAGUGUCCACUGAAGAGAAUAAAGCUUGAUUUGAUAAUUGAUGAGCUAACUUUUCUUGCUGGGAACCAGAGAGUCCAAGUUGUUUUAGUCAUUUGUAAUUGCACUGAUACCAUUUUCCACGUGCACCUAGAAGAAGUCCUAUAAAUUUAAUGAUAUUGGCCUUGGUCAGUUCCCACACCUGAUGUUUUAGAUGGUACUGUUUCCUAACAUUUUCUGUUGCCGCGUCUGCCAAAAAUGUUGAUUUACCUUCUAACCUGAUAUCUAACUGUGAUGUCAACGACCAGGGCUUGAUCUUCUUUUAUGAAUACCAGCUCUGGUUUGUAUAGUUCAUUCUGCUUGUCUUUCAGCAGUGGCUCUUGGAAUACUACCCAGUCUUUUUUUUUUUUUGCCUCUUCAAACAAUAUUUGACAUAAGUGAUUUUGUCUUUUAAACCUGGCAUCUUGUACUGCUGGGCAGUAUUCAGUAGUGAGCAUGCUGGACUGUCCUGCCUACCCCUUGCCUGGAAUUCUCUCGCCGGGUAGAGGUUGGCUUUUAGUUGUAAGGUGGUGGUAAGCUCUCUGUGGGGAAUACCCCUACUUUUAAAGCGGUGCAUUAACUCUUCUGUAGAGUGGACGGCAUUAAACUUCCUCUGUGCUUC